AUGGAAAACUGUAAGACUGGAGAUGUCCCUGUUGUAAAAGAUGACAAAUUAAGUCUAGACUUAUGCCCCAAAAAUGAUCUAGAGAAAGAGUAUAUGAAAGAUGUGCCUUAUUUAAGUGUUGUUGGGAGCCUUAUGUAUGCACAGGUUUGCACUCGUCCUAAUAUUGCCUUCAUUGUCAAUGCUCUUGGGCGUUAUCAGUCUAAUCCAGGGAGAAGCCAUUGCGUUGCUACUAAGAAAGUAAUGAGGUAUUUGAAGAAGACAAGAGACUAUAUGUUAGUGUACAAAAAGGUUGAUGAUCUUGAGGUGAUUGGUUACUCAGACUCAGACUAUGGUGGAUGCCCUGACGAUUUAAGGUCUACUUCUGGUUUUAUCUUCAUGUUAGCAGGAGGUGCAAUAUCUUGGAAGAGUGUGAAGCAAACCCUUACAGCAUCUUCGACUGUGCAAGCAGAGUUUGUAGCUUGUUAUGGAGCAGCUACGCAAGCCAGCUGGCUUAAAAUUUUUAUUUCAGGACUUGUGAUAGUUGAUUCCAUCUCUAGACCCUUAAAGAUUUAUUGUGACAACAGGGCAGCUGUGUUUUACUCGAAGAAUAACAAAUCAUCUUCAGUUUCUAAGCACAUGGAAAUAAAAUAUCUGGUUGUACGAGAUAUGGUUAAAGGGAAGGAUAUUGUGAUUGAACAUAUAUCUACUGAUUUGAUGCUUGCUGAUCCACUAACCAAGGGAUUGAGACCCGUAGUUUUUAAGCAGCAUGUGGAUAACAUGGGCGUUGUUGAGUCAUUUGAUUUGUUAGGUUAG